AUGACGUUUUAUGUCUGCGCCGGGCUGAGAAGCGACAUUCACGAGUGCAUUGACGAGGCAAUGGCCAGUGGUAAAAAAAGUGCACUUCUUUCGUCUUUGGCGGAUUAUGGAGACGAUUCAGAGCCCGACUACUCUGACCCCGAACCAGAAGAGACAGAGGAGGAACAUGGAGGCGCAGGAGGGCUUGUGUUCAGCUACGACGAGGAUGACCUCAAUCGAACUGAGGGCAUCGUCGACAAGGAAUCUGAAAAUGAAGACAGCCGAGAAAGUAACUUGGAAAUGACGAAUGACGAGUCUGACGAGGCAAGGGACGCAGAUGAUGUUGAGGUAUCAGAAGUAGAAGCAAAAGACCCAAACGAGCUUGUUGCUCUCUUCUCAGAGAAGGUGAGAAACAUGUCACCUGAUGAGAUCAGAAUUCCACCCGAGCCCCCGGGACGCUGCUCCAGCCAACUUCAGGAGAAGAUCCACAAGCUGUACGAAAGAAAGCUCCAUGGAGAUUUCGACACUAACAGCCACAUUCAGAAGAAAAAAGAAUUCAGAAAUCCAAGUAUUUACGAGAAGCUCAUUCAGUUCUGCAGUAUAGACGAACUGGGCACUAACUACCCAAAAGAUAUGUUUGAUCCUCACGGCUGGUCAGAGGACUCGUACUACGAAGCUCUCGCUAAAGCACAAAAAGUGGAGAUGGACAAGCUGGAGAAAGCCAAAAAGGAGCGGACCAAGAUCGAGUUUGUCACAGGUACGAAAAAGGGCACCAACCCAUCCAACACAUCAGCUUCAACCACAAACAGCAGCAGCACAACCAACACAGCCACAGAUUCUCACAAGAGGAAGAGCAAGUGGGACUCUGCCAUCCCAGUGACCCUGGCCCAGCCCACGCUCAUCAGCACCACCACGGCCACCCUGCCGUCCGUCGUGUCUGUGACGACGACAGCCAGCGGCACCAAGACCACCGUCAUCUCUGCGGUGGGCACCAUCGUAAAGAAAGCCAAACAGUGAAACCGGUCCCUGUGCAGAUGAUUGAAAGCUACUGGUGCAGCAUUAUGGCUCUUGUUCCAAAAAGGCAUUUUGAGGACAUAUGAUUUUAUUUUUUAUUUUUUUAACAUUUGUAAAUACUGUGUUGCUGAUACAGUAAAUAAAUAAUCAGAUAUUGCCUUUUCA